AUGGAUAUCCGCCUUAGGAGCAGGUCAAACCUGUUAAUCUGGAAAUCCGUCAAUACUUUGACCCGGAUCUACCAAUCUACGGCCCUUGGAAACAUUGGCAAACCAAACCAGAGCUUCCGUCUGCCGAAGAAGUCCUCGGGACAGACAUACCAGGAGACGUUGUUGCUCUUACCCCCAACUGCAUUUCAAAACCAGGCCCAUAAUGCUUUGAUCCGAGAGGACUCAGUUGCACCACUCCGAAAUGCUGUGGCCCGAGUUCGCGCUGAUCCUUUUGUGAAAGAUACUCCAGAUGUCUCCAUCUACGAGAAGGUCUUCGUUGUCGGUAUUACCCUAGCCCGCGCAGGCUUAGCGUUGCAAAUCCAAUUCUCCAUUCGCCGUGCGGGCAAAAAUAUUGCCUGGACAUACUCUAACCGUCUUAAUACUGGAGCAGUUGUUGCCUUGACUCUCAAGAAUAAUGCAUUCUCAAGCAAAUGUGUUAUCACUGUCGUGGCUUGUCGGCUGCUGGAAGCGAUUGAGAAAGACCCCCCAGAGGUCGAUCUCUUUGGCUUUACCCGACGAGAUCGAGGUUGA